AUGGUUGCCGCAGCACCUAUUCCUACAAGUGACGAAGGAGACAUUCUCAGUGGCAAUCAAGUUGUUGUACCUAUAAGUCUACCAAUUACUGUUAGCGGAACUGCUGUUGGUGUUCUUGGUACAGCUGAUUCUAAA